AUGACUUCAGUUCAACUCAAGACGGCACUUACUGGCGAAUAUACUCAACCCACAGGAUUGUUCAUCAACAAUGAAUGGGUUAAAAGUGUUGACGGAAAGACUUUUGAAGUCAUCAACCCUGCCACUGAAGAAGUCAUCACAUCCGUACACGAAGCCACCGAAAAAGAUGUCGAUGUCGCUGUCGCAGCUGCACGUAAAGCAUUUGAAGGAGAAUGGAAGCAUGUUACACCGGAAGCUCGUGGCAGAUUACUUGUCAAGUUGGCAGAUUUGGUGGAGAAGAAUGCCGAUUUGUUGGCAGCUGUCGAAUCUUUAGAUAAUGGAAAGGCAAUUUCAAUGGCGAAGGGCGAUGUCGCCGCGGUAUCUGCAUGCUUGAGAUACUAUGGUGGAUGGGCAGAUAAAAUUGAAGGAAAGGUCAUUGAUACCGACCCAGAAUACUUCACAUACACAAAACAAGAGCCAAUUGGUGUCUGUGGUCAAAUCAUUCCAUGGAACUUUCCGUUGCUUAUGUGGUCAUGGAAGAUCGCUCCCGCCGUCGCAACUGGUAAUACCGUCGUUCUAAAAACUGCCGAACAAACUCCUCUCUCCGCCCUUGUUGCCGCAAACUUAAUCAAGGAAGCUGGUUUCCCACCAGGAGUCAUCAAUAUCAUCUCCGGUUUCGGAAAGACUGCUGGAGCCGCCAUCGCAGCUCAUAUGGACGUUGAUAAGAUCGCUUUCACUGGUUCUACCCCUGUUGGUCGUCAAAUUAUGAAGGCCGCUGCUGGAUCCAACUUGAAGAAGGUCACCCUUGAACUUGGAGGUAAAUCACCAAACAUCGUCUUUAACGAUGCUGAUAUUGAGAAUGCCAUCUCAUGGGUCAACUUUGGUAUCUUCUUCAACCACGGUCAAGUUUGCUGUGCUGGUUCAAGAGUUUACGUUCAAGAAGGUAUCUAUGACAAAUUCAUUGAGAGAUUCAAGGCUCGUGCCCUUGCCAACAAGGUUGGAGAUCCAUCCCACCACGAAACUUUCCAAGGUCCACAAGUUUCCCAACUGCAAUUUGACCGCAUUAUGGGUUAUAUUGAUGACGGUAAGAAAUCUGGUGCCACUAUUGUCACAGGUGGUGAAAGACAUGGAGACAAGGGAUACUUCAUUCAACCCACGAUUUUCUCUGAUGUUACCGAAGACAUGAAGAUUAUGCAAGAGGAAAUCUUUGGACCCGUUUGCUCCAUCGCCAAAUUUACUACUGAGGAGGAAAUCAUCAAGAUCAGUAACGGCUCCAACUAUGGUCUUGCCUCUGGCAUUCAUACACAAAAUCUUAACACUGCUCUUCGUGUAUCGAAUGCUCUCAAGGCAGGUACAGUCUGGGUUAACUGCUACAACAUGCUUCACCACCAAGUACCAUUCGGUGGAUACAAGGAGUCUGGUAUUGGACGUGAGUUGGGCGAGGCAGCUUUGUCAAACUACACACAAACCAAAUCUGUGAGAAUCAGAUUGGGUGAUGCACUUUUCGGUUAA